GUACAAGCGACACCGUCCAAGUAUACAAGCAUUCAACACAGCAAGAAAAAGCGAAUCGACAGUGCCGUGACUUUGUGGUUUAUUUACCAACCACUAAGCCCUUUAAACUAGUCAAACCUACGACAGGAUCGUUGCUGUGGCGCGCUCCAGCUUGCCGGUGAUGGAUGUGGAGCAGCACCAGACUAGAAAAGAUUCCCAAUCAACUGUAGCACCGAAUCAUGGCGAACAAAACACGACGACGGGAACCAGUGAUAGUAAAUGUCUUAUGUGCUUGUUACCCUUCGACGAGCUGGGCUCGAUCGAAACAGAAUCACCGGAAGAGCUGAAGCGAAUAGUCGAGAAUGCAUAUAAGAUUGCCAAAAUUGAGCUAUGUCCCAUUGGUGGUAAAAUCGGACCCCUCUGCGGUGGUUGUCGUGCCAAACUGGGCUACGACUUCGACGAGGACGCAUACUAUGAAAUGAUUAGCAAAAUGUACACCGACGCAAGUCCACCCAGCGGUUAUCCGGUGUUCAUGAGCAACGGCAUUCCGGUACACAUAGGCAUACCCCCCACGGAAAGUCCCGAUUCGCCAACCGGUCCGCUAUUGGAUGCCGCAUGCGGGACUUUUGUUGUAACCGAAUUCGGCCGGGAUGAAUCGGCAGAUAAGUCGUCCGAUUUGAAGUGCGUCGUAUGUUCCAAAGUAUUCAACUUCAAAUCAACGCUACGACUGCACAUUCGAAGCCAUCACAAUAGUGCGCUACGUGAACCUGAACCGCACAAGCAACCACGAAAACCCCGAAUGUACGAGUGCACGGAGUGCAACCUUAGUUUCAAACUGAAGUACGACUACGAUAAACACCAGGCCAUGCACAACAGAGCAAAUCUGUUUCAAUGUGAAGUAUGCUACAAAUUGUUCAAACACAAGUCCUACUAUCUAAUGCACCGGAAUGCAAAGCGGUGCAAGGCACUUCCGUUGAAUCUUAGUACCGGUUCCGUCAGUAGAGUAAGCCCCAACCAGCAGCGACAGGAAGUCGGUACCCUCAGUGAGGGUAUCAGAAAUACCAGCUAAAAGCACUCGUUUACAUUAGGUCCUAGAAAAUCCUAUUUUUGAAACGGAACAAGCUUCUUUCGUUUUCGCCAUAACACACCAUAGAUGUAUGUGUUUUAACUAUAUUAACAUUAGCAUAUACUAAUAGAUGUAUUGGCGGCUGAGAGGUGCAGAGGAAAAAGAUUCGUUACCAACCAAUUGGUUUAAGUUCCUUAUCAUAUGUCCAAUCCGUAUUGGCUCAAAUCAAAGAUAUUUUUUAAGGCCCACCGAUUUUACGUUGUACCAGAUUGUGAUCAAAACCAAUAUUAAUUUAUUUAUUUAUCCAAAGAAACGUUAACUAACAUCUCGUCUGCAUCGCCGGCUUCGCCGACAAUUUCUGGUCUCUUCGUUUUAGUCACUAAUUGUAAAUGGGGAUAAAAUACCAAAGCAAAUCACACAAUAGAAACCGGUAGAGUUAAGUGCUAGUCCAUAAGACAGCAAACAGUAAACUAUUUAUUAGAUCUUCUCUUCUGUAUUCCUAAUUCAAACAUAAAACUACUAGUAUUCAAGUGGAACAAUAAAAACUAACCGAACUGGAAGCCAUGUUCGGCAUCUGUAAGAAGAUUGUAUCUUUUGUGGCACAUCGAAUCUUCAACUAUAGAUGGUAGAACUGCCACUUGAAGACCAAAAACUCGUAUAAUGUGUCAUUGUGAUGAAACAAAUUGUAAAACUACGUUUGAGGUUAGUACUAGAAUACUACAUUUUACCUUCAAAGAAAUAAAUGUAAAAAUCUAUAUCAA